AUGUCUCCAUGGAAAUAUGAUGUGUUUGUAAGUUUUAGAGGCGAAGAUGUUCGUAAGAAUUUCAUUGAUCAUCUAUUCAACGCUUUUAAGCAAUACGGAAUUCGUGCUUUUACAGACUGUAAUGAUUUGCCUAGAGGAGAAGACAUGUCUUGUCAAUUCUACAAAGCCAUUGAAAAAUCCAGGUUUCUGAUGGUCAUUUUCUCCAGAAAUUAUGCUUCUUCAUCAUGGUGUAUGAGGGAACUUGUGAAAAUUCUCAACUGCAGUCAAAAGGAAAAGCCAAAACAUGAAAUUCGAAUCAUAUUUUAUGAUGUUAAGCCUGAAGUGGUGAGGAAUCAGAUUGGGAGUUUUGCAGAAGCAUUUGCCAAACAUCAAGUAUCAAAUAGGGAAGAAAUAGAUGAAUGGAAGGCAGCUUUGUCCAUGGCCUCUGACUUAUCUGGAUGGGAUCUUAAUGAUAUGACUAAUGGGUUUGAGUCCAAAUUUAUAGAUAGGAUCUCCAGAGAUAUCCACAAAACGUUAUGUGAUGGGCCCAUGCACGUUGGCGAGAACCUAGUGGGUGUAAAUACUCGUGUCAUUAAACUGAACUUGAUGCGCUUUGUUGGGUCAGCUAAGGUUAACAUGAUUGGAAUCUAUGGUAUCAGCGGAAUAGGAAAGACCACCCUCGCCAAAGCUAUUUAUAACAAAAUGUAUGCCUACUUUGAGGGAAGUUGUUUUUGUGAGGAUGUCGCAAAACGACAUGACCCAACUCAAGUCCAAAUGCAACUUAUCAAUAAGAUCAUGAAAAAUGAAGAUGUGAAGAUACUCGGUAAAAGUGAAGGAGUCGAGGCAAUAAAAAAGAGGCUAGCAUGUGAACCGAUCUUGCUUGUUUUGGACGAUGUGGAUCAUCGCGAUCAGAUAGAAGCACUAGCAGGUUCACAUGACUGGUUUUGCCCAGGAAGUUUGAUUAUUUUCACUAGUAAAGACAAACAGUUGCUAAGAUCUCAUGGAGUGGAAAUAUAUGAAAUGGAACUUUUGGAUGCCCUUGAAGAUACUAAGCUUUUUUGUUUGAAUGCUUUUGGGCAAACGCAUCCUACACAUGAUUUCAAAGAGCUCACCUGCCAAGUUGUGAAAUAUCUGCAGGGGCACCCUUUGGCCCUCAAAGUUGCUGGCAGUGCGUUGUUUAAAAAAUCCGAGUGUGUGUGGAAAAGUAAAUUGAAAAGCCUUAGGAUGUGUCUUGAUUUGGAGAUACAUCAAAAGUUACGACCUAGUUAUGAUUUGCUAAACUUUGAUCAGAAAAGAAUCUUUCUUGAUAUUGCAUGUUCUUUUGUAGGGGAAAAUAAAGAUCUUUCUGCAAGUGUACUAGACGACAUUUGUUGUUUUCCGGAUGUUAAUAUUGAUGUUCUAGUCGAUAGAUCUCUAAUUACAAUAUCUCCAUAUGAUUUCUCAUUACAAAUGCAUGAAUUGAUUCGAAGCAUGGCAAGGGAAGUUAUACGUGAAGAAUCCGACAGGCCUAUCCGGUUGUGGGGUCCUUCAGAGAUUGACGCUGUACUUGGUAAAAACAAUGUAACAUUAAAAGCUAACGAAGUUGAAGUGCUUGUUCUUUUGUUAGAGAACUUUACUAAAACGGUUCAUAUAAAUUGUAAAGCUUUUGCAAAGAUGGAAAAAUUACGGAUCCUUAAAAUUUUUCAUCCAGAACAAGAAGACUUGGGACAACCAUUUCAAUAUAUCAAUAUAUUGGCUGACUUCAAAGUGAACUUCUUAGGGAGUUUGGAUUUUUUGUCCAAUGAUCUAAAGUUGAUUUAUUGGCAUGGAUAUCCCUUCAAGUUCUUACCUUCAAGCUUUUAUCCCAAGAACAUUGUUGCCAUUGACUUGUCUUACAGCAACAUCACAAGUUUUUGGACAAAACCUGAGUGUUUUACAAGGUUGAAAGUGAUGAAGCUAAGGCACUGCCGUAACCUAACAGCCGUACCUGACUUCACAUCGAUGACUAAUCUUGAAAAUCUAGUUCUUGAAGGUUGCGUGAAUUUGGUUAGGCUUCACCCUUCAGUUGGAAAGCUCAAGAAACUUGUUACGUUAAAUAUGCGAGACUGUAGAAAGAUGAGGAAUUUCCCUUCCGAAGUUGAAAUGGAUUCUCUUGAAAUCCUGAUUCUUUCAGGGUGCGUAAAUCUGGGUAACCUGACUCAUGUUAAGGGCACUCUCAAAAGUUUGGUGAAACUUUAUGCGGAUGAAACGGCCAUAACAGAAUUUCCUUCUUUCAUAUCAUCUUCAACCGACCUUCAAGUACUAGUGAUUGGUAAAUAUCAGCAGAUCGGGUAUUCUACAUGGUGGACAUCAAUCUUCCAAAAGCAACCUCAAAGUUUGGUGUCGUCUUCUUUGGCAAGUUUCCGUAUGCUUACAACGCUAAGCGUUCGCAACUGCAAUAUAUCCGAAGUGUGUCUUGACAUUAAAGCCUUAUUAUGUCUAAGAGAAUUAGAUUUGAGUGGUAACAUUUUUACUAGUUUGCCUCUAAGUUUGAGUAAACUUUUAAAUCUUAGAUUGCUUCAGCUUACUGGCUGCAAGAAGCUGAAUGUGUUGCCGGAACUUCCACCAAACAUUGAGGAUCUUCAUGCAUUUGAAUGUAUCUCCUUGAUACAAGAUCCACCGUUGGAUCACCCACACCCUUCUCUUUAUUGUUAUCUCACUGGUUGUCAAAUAAUGUUUGGGAAUCAGAAUACUGAUAGGCAACGACUAUCUAUGUCGGGGACUACAGACCAUCUUUCUUUUUGCUUGGAGUAUUUGUGCAUCCGAGAUAAGGUACGUAAAUUUUUCAGUGGAAAUGGUUCCUCAAGCAAGUCUAAAAAAAAAAUGGGGAUAAUAGUAAAUGGAAAUAGAAUUCCCGAGUGGUUUACAAAUAAAACUAGGACAAGCUCUAGUCAUGAUGUAAAGGUGGAAUUACCUCCAAAUUGGUGCAACUCUAAGUUCAGGGGAUUUGGAAUUUGUGUUGUAUUCAAGCCAACGAUGAGGUCCCAGCGUGAGCUACUAGGAUACUCUGUAAAGAACUUCGAUGGAGUCUUUAUAGAUGGUGUCCCACCAAUUUAUUCUACUGGGGAUGAUGAGGUAAAUAUCAUGACAUGGUUGCAUUUUAAGACAUGUAACUCGGAAUGGAAAGAAGCAAAGAAUUUUGUCACGUUUUCAUUCCGAGAUGAAGAUAUUGAGUUGAAGGAGUGUAGUGUAAGACUUAUUUGUGAUCAACAGCAAGAUUUAAAAGAAGAACAAGAAACAGUUUUAGACAUCAUACAACAACUCCCACCUCAAUCUCUAUAUACCGGUCUCUUCCGGUUACUUGAUGGUUUUAAUGUUAUCGACUUCACAUGGUAA